CUUCCCACCCCAACCCACCACUCCCUCCCCUCCCCUCACUCCUUCGAUACCCUCCUUGCUACCAGUGUACUCAGAAUUCCAUACCCUGCUUGGUCUACCACAACCAACACCACCCCAACCUGAACCAUUGGCCCAUCGCAAUCACCCGCCGUCGGAGACGCGCCAUCAAUACCACUCGCCAUGUCUUCGCAAGCGAGCUCCUCUUCUUCGCCCGCAUUGGAUGGCCUCUCUUCACAACUCGUGUCUCUCUCUGCUUUCUUGUCAGAGACCUUCACCAAACUCCCAGGCUCCCCCAUUGUAAGACGAUACAUUGCCUCAUCGUAUCAGGAUGACCCUAUCCGAUCUCUGCUGGAGCUCUUCCUGGUAGUCUUUGCCAUUCGGACCAUAGCGCAAAGCAGGACUAGAGGCACGACGAGCGGCAGCAACUUCGUCAAAUUAGACCAGAAGGAAAUUGAUGAGCUCGUGGAAGACUUUAACCCUGUGCCACUGUGCGAGCCCCUCGGCCAGGCAGAUUAUGACAAUCUCUCCUCUGUGGCCACCAUCAUCGGAGGCACUUCUCCAAGGCCCAAGGUACUGAUGCCCAACUUGAACGGCGGCAAGCCCAAGGACGUCCUGAACCUGGGAAGCUACAAUUUCGCGGACCUGGCUGGUGACGAGAAGGUCAAGGAAGCCGCGAUUCAGACGCUCAGGACCUAUGGAGUGGGAAGUUGUAGUCCGCCCGGAUUCUACGGGACCAUUGACGUACACAUGGCACUGGAGACCGACAUCGCUCGCUUCCUGGGCACGGAGAAAGCCAUCAUCUACGCUCAAGGCUUCUCGACGAUUUCUUCGGUCAUUCCUGCCUUUUCAAAGCGUGGAGACAUCAUCGUAGCGGACAAAGGUGUCAACUUUGCCAUUCAGAAGGGCAUCCAGAUCUCGCGCUCAACCACAAAAUACUAUGACCACAACAAUCUCGACUCGCUCGAGGCGACGCUGAAGUCAGUUGUCGCACAAUACAAGAGGAAGAGACCCCUCACUCGCCGCUUCAUCAUCACAGAGGGCAUCUUUGAGAAUGACGGUCAGAUCUCCAAUCUCAAGAGGCUAGUAGAGCUCAAGAGAAAAUACAAGUUCAGGCUCAUCUUGGAUGAGAGUCUGAGCGUAGGUACCAUGGGACGUAACGGAAGGGGCUUGACAGAGCUCUGUGACGUUCCAGCCAGCGAAGUGGACAUGAUUGUUGGAUCGAUGGCGAAUACCAUGGGAGCCGCAGGAGGUUUCUGUGCGGGCAGUACAGAGGUCAUCUUCCAUCAGAGGAUCAAUGGACCGUCGUAUGUGUACUCGGCAGCUUUGCCUGCGAUGUUGGCAGUAGCCUCAAGCUUGGCCAUCAACAAGGUCCUCACCAACGAAGACGAUGUGCUAGGAAGGCUUCGCGAGAAUAUUCGUGCACUUCGAGGUGUCGUGGACCACAUCGAAUCACUCUACAUCCCUAGCGCCGACGAUUCUCCAAUUAUUCACUUGCAGAUCAGGCCGAAGGGCCUCCGUCACCCGGAUACGUCGGAGGAGAAAUUCGAGAGGGAAAGGAGCAGGGCUACGAUCACCCCUGCUACUUCAGCCGAAGAGGUCAGAGCUAGAGCGAAUGACCCAGAGCACGAUCUGCUGCCCUCUCAGCAAGUCGCCCUGCUCAAGGCUAUUCUAGACGAUGCUUUCGAACACGGCGUCUUUGCCGUUCUGCACAAGCGACUGCCUUCGAUUAAGCCCGAAGUGCUAGAGCGGGGUGUUGUUAGCCGACCUUCGAUACGUCUCGGUGUGACGGCUGGGCUGAGCAAAAAGGACACGGAGAAGGCGGCGAACGUACUGAAGGCUAGUGUUGUCAAGCUCGUGGGUAAGCGGAGGAUCUAGGGUUUACAUCAUUCGGGCAUGUUUCCAAGCUCCGGUAUCGUUAUUGGGAUUUUCCGCGGCAGCGGAUCGGAAAUUAUAGCAUCCAACUAUCGUAUGAGGAU